CCAGCUCCGCCUGUCCCCACCGAGAAGGGGACGGGCAAAGCAGUGCCAUCAGGCAGCAGCUCUGCUCCCGAGCAGGCUCUGGCGGUGUCCGGGGGCCUGGAGAACAUCGCUGGAGAGCCAAUACCAGGAACAGCCGUCCCUGUAGAGCAAGGGACCGUGCCCAAAGCACUUAGAGGUGGUGCCAGCACGCUGACAGGUCACGUCCCAGCACCAGGCGGAGGUUUGUCCCCACCAGUGCCACUUGUCCUUGCUGCUCAACCGGUGCUGGGGACAAAAGCAUCUUCCUCAGCCCCGAGCAAAGUGACCGAUGUCGGUGAGUUGGCGCAGCCCUACAGCGCUGUCACUGCAGAGGGGUCACUGGGGACAGCGAGGAGCACCGUGCCAUCUGGUGCUGAACACAGCGCGGGGACAUCACCCCCCAGCAUCAGCGAGAGCCCCACUGAGCCGCACGCAACCACUGCGCUCCCGUCCCAAAAGGCCACGCCAGAGCUGGGCACGGCCACCUCUCCUCCUGCCACAGCAGCCAGCGUCUCGCCGGCCUCCCCUGGGGACACGAGCCACACCGUGGAGCCACCAGCAGCCUUGGGUGGUCGUGUCACAGAUCCCACCAUGCCAGCAGCCACCGGGACUCCCCUUCACGCAGCCACAGAAGGAUCCAGGACCCCACUGCCUGCAGCCCCCCCAGGAGCACCCUCAGCAGCGCUCACCUUUCCUCCUGCCACUGCUGCUGUCAGCGAGGCUGAGGAUCCAGGGACACCAGCCCCCGGCACUGCUGGAGCUGGGCUGCUCGGAUCCAACCCUGCCACCCGUCCCCGUGCCACCGCACCAGCCCUGGGACCACCAGCCAUGGCACUGGAUGUCACCACCACAGAACACAUCCCCACCGUGCCGUUUCCAGACCUGGGAAAGGCCGAGCUGGUGGCCACUGCUGCUGGAGCCACCCCGGGCACUGCCGCCCUGCACACCGAGGCCACCCCAAUGCAGCUGGACACGGGGCAGGUCCCCAGCACGGCCCCUGCUGUGUCACUGCCGGGUGGUGACCUCUCCCCUGGGACCUCCUCUGCAGGCCCCAGGGCCACCACGGCACAGGCGGACGGGGACAGAUCCCCUCCAGCCAGCCCCAGCGUGGGCACGUCCCUGUCCCUCGUGGAUGGAGAAAAGCCAACGUCUUCCCUCCAGGAGUAUGGCACCGGGACCCAGCCGGCUGCCCUCGUUAGCAAAACUCCAAUUAAUGAAGGAGAGCUGGGGACAGCACCGCCAGCCAGCAGUGAUCCUACCACAAUGGCAUGGGAGGGCAGCACCAGUGCCACCCCACGUGCUUCGGCGGUGCCCGGGACACUCAGCACCCCUGGGGUACCGUGGGCAGGCAUCCCGUGGGACAGCAGUGCCACCGCAGGGAUGGCAGAGGGGGUGUCCCCAUCCAGCAGCCCCCCGGAGGUGGCAUCAGACACGUCCCCGCUGUCCCCAGCCACCCUGCUGCCUGCACUGGGUGUCCCUACUGCCCGCCCCAAUGGUAGCACCGCCAGGCGAGCAGUGGGGACAGCGUCCCCGGGUGUGGGCACCGACCCAGCGGGGACAGCUCCCAGCCAUGUCAUCGUCACCACCGGGCCAUCACCAGAUCCAUCCACCCCGGGAACCAACGUCCCCAAAACCAAGCCACCGACGAGCUCUCCCCUCCUGGCCCCCUGGGGCAGUCGCUCAGCCCUGUCGGCCACAGGUGACCCCAGCCCAUCUCCGGACACAGCCGUGCCCCUCGGCACCACCGCGGGCAGCCAGGAUCCCCCGCCUGUAACCGCUCAGCCUGCCCAAACCACAGCCACCGAGGGAGCCGGGGACAGGUCCCGGCCGGCAGGAGACGGCAGCACCACGCAGGCAGCGCCAGGCUCGGCCCCGCAUGAAAGCCCUGCUGUGGAUGCCCCGACAGCUACACCCAGCAGCGGGAGCACCUCCGUGGGGACAGCCCCACCGGUGUCACCCUCCUCCAGAGCCAGCAGCACUGCUCAGCCCGGCACGGCCACGCAGGAGCACAGCUACAGCACUGCUCAGCCGGCAGUGGGCAGGGGUACGGGCACGGACACAUCCCUGGGCACCUCGGGGGACGUGGGGCUGCCUCCCACUCUGCCCACCCCUGUGGCUGGGGGUGCUGAGCCAGGCACCGUCAGGAACACCCCGGUGUCACCUUAUGCACCGGGCAGCCAAAACCCUGUGGCAGGGACAGGCACGGUGUCACCCGCAGCUCCAGAGCUGGUCACAGCACCGUCCCCUGCCCUCGGUCACAGCACAGCGGAGCCAGACGUGAGUAUGUCCCCUCCUGUGCUUGGGGACACCAGUCUGGCGGUGGUGGCAUCCUCUGUGACACCCAGCACCAGUGCCACCGGUCCGGCAGCAGGAACAAGCGAUGCCAAUCCCAGCAUGGUCACAGCACCUUCCUUCAGUGCCUCCAGCAGCACCUCUGCCCUGAACGGCCCCCGUGUCACCCCUGGGCCACCCACCGGGGCCACCAGCAGCACCCACAGGCCAGCUGCUGAGGACAAGCCCUCUGUUGGGGUGCCCUCGCUGAGCGCUGCCAGCACACGCACGUGGGAAGCCACAGCCACGUCCCGGACAGUCCCCAUCCCCUCCAGCGACACCGAAAUGCCAGCUGGCUCCCCCAGCAGAGACACCCCUGUGGUGACCGAGCACACCACAUCUGCCAUGGCAAAGGCCACCAGCAGCACCCGGUCCCCCUCGGUCACCCACGAUGUCCCCGUCACCCCGGGCAGGGUGACGAGCCACGAUGCCAGCCCUGCGUUUGCUGCCGUGCCCAGCCUGGCCGCGGGGACCCCGCCAGCAGCCACCAGCCCCGCCGGGACAGCUCCUGCUUUGGGGACACAGAGGGGACCGGCCACCGCAGCGAGGACGCCUGCUCACACCACUUCCAGCCACAGACACCCCGUGACAGAGCCCCAGCCCAGCCACGGGCUCGGCCCCGCGGUGUCCCUGUACCCGUUCGGCGCAGAGGGAGGUGACAGGGAGUGGGUCCGGAGGACGGUGGAUUUUAAUUCCCCCUUGUUCAAGCCGGAGAUCGGGUUCCCCUUCGGGAAGGCGCUGCGUGACUCCCUCUACGUGAGUGUCUGCGAGGGAUGUACAGCUCCAUAG